GAUGUACUACAUGCACGAAGACACGUAACCCCCCCAAGCUUCUCAAUUCUUUCUUCCAUUUGAAGCGGAUAUUGCAUUCCAGUUCCUCUGGCUCACAAGACUCGAUCUCUGACUAAUUCUACAUUCAUCUGCUGCACUCUUUUUUUUUUUUCCUCCUCGCGAAUCACGUUCACAAUCCCUCGCGUGUUUACUGAGUAUGGUGAAGCUUGCAUCAGCCCGGGAGAGCCGAAUGUACGGGCCAAGAUCUUCCCGGAACAGGCUAGAGUACAUCAACGCUGGGCUAUACGCGUUUGCUACCGUCGUGCUUUUGAGUGGGUUUGCCGCUCAGCUUUCCGGAGAGCCCAGAUCAGGGCUGGUUCUUUUACUCGUAGCCCUCCCGGUUAUUGCUUUAGUGAAUGUACACGAUCUUAUCGCUCACCUUUCCGGGAUCGAUUGUAGAUUGAACAUAUUGAAGUUUGAUACCCAGUUCGCAGCUGUGGAGUUUGCUGCACCUGUACUUCAGACAUUCGGGACCGUUCUCUUUUUCCUAGGAAUUUUGUUUCUUUUCUUGCAGGAUGAAAGAGGCUAUGGCUACCGCAAGGUAGAGCGGCAUGCGUUGAACAUGCUGAUUGCUGGCUCAGCGUUAUGGCUACUUGGUUCAAUCCAAAACUCCUGUCAGAUCUAUGAGAGAGCUGGUGGGCAUGUUCAGAUCUUGCAAGAGAGCAUCCAGAUUCCAUUCUUGAUGGGAAGCUUGUUGUUUCUGGUAGGAGCAAUCCUUAACAGCAGAGAGCAGACAGGGCAUAUCCAUCACGGUAUGAAAUCAUUGGGUUUGACGUGGAUAUGGAUUGGCAUAUUUGGGAGCCUGUUAUUCUUCGCUGGGGGCCUAGCAAAUCUUGUGAAAGUGUUCAAGAUGCAGCAAGGUGAUGGAUUACAGUUGGAGAAACUGCGAGGUGGAGCACAAGAGCGACUGCUUGACUUGAGAGAAGGCCAGGUGCCGUUCAUCUUGGAGGAGUCCUCCAGGAGGAGGGAAAGGCCUGCGGAGGAAGGGAAGACUGCUAUUGUCCCUGCAACUCCUUACAAAGAUGUUCUCCUUAGUCAGACCUGACUGAGUAUUUGGUGCUUCAAUAUCGUCUGUCUGUACCUGUUUUUUCUCCAAGACUUGUAACAUUAUGAUUCUGAAGUAGUAAUAUUUUAGAAAUAUGUAACCAAUCAUACUGCCCAAUUUGUUCCUCGCGCUCGUUUGUACGUGCAAUUUCCUUAUGAUUAAUGAUUUGAAUGCUUCUCC